AUGAAAGUAUUUCUUUUAUCAAGAGGUGUCUUUGACAUAGAAAAAUUAAGGUUGCGUCUUGAAGAGCUCGAUUCCCAAGCGUCGAAUGAUAAUCUGUGGCAAGACAAUCAAAAAGCACAAGAAAUUUUAAAAGAACGUUCUAAAAUUAAUAAUGACGUAGAGUUGUUUUUAAAGCUGGAAAGAGAUUACAACGAUGCUAUUAGCUUAAUGAAAUCUGCUAUUGAUGAAAAUGAUGAAGAAUUUUUUUCUGAAGUUGAAAGUGAAUUAGCUAAGCUAGAGCAAUUAAUCCAACUUAAAGAGACAGAAUCCUUAUUUACUCGUAAAGCAGAUAACAAUAACUGCUUUUUAGAAAUCCACUCAGGAGAUGGUGGAACAGAGAGCAAUGAUUGGGCUGAAAUGCUGAUGCGCAUGUAUGUAAGAUGGGCAGAAAUUUAUCACAACUUUAAAGUUGAAGUUGUAGAAAAAUUAGGAGAGUCGGUUGGUAUAAAGUCUGCAAUGAUAUUUAAUCAUUAUCUUUUUAAUCAUCACGUUGGAGAAAAAGCUUAUGGGUGGGCAAAAAGUGAAAGUGGAAUUCACAGGCUGGUUAGAAUAUCGCCGUUUGAUGCAAAUGGUAGACGUCAUACCAGUUUUGCAAGUGUAGGAGUAACUCCAGUGACAGAAGAUUCAAUUGAUAUUGCUGUGGAUGAAAAGGAUCUAAAGAUCGACACCUACCGUGCUUCCGGAGCAGGCGGUCAGCACGUGAACAAGACUGAAAGUGCGGUACGCAUUACGCAUAUUCCAAUUGGUGUUGUAGUUCAAUGCCAAAAUGGUCGUUCUCAACACAGAAAUAAAGAGGAGGCGUUAAAAUUACUUAAAGGACAGGUAGAAGAGGUAGAUUUUAAUGCAGCAGACGAGAAUGGUAAAAUUUCUUUACAUCGGUCUGCUCUGAGUGGUCAUAAAGAGGUAGUUAACAUUUUAAUAGGAGCAGGAGCAAAUGUUAAAGUAGUAAAUAACAAUGGAGAGACUCCUUUACACUUUGCUGCUGUGACAUAUAAUGAAGAAGUUAUAAAGGCUUUAGUAAAAGGAGGUGCAGAUGUUAACGCAGUAAAUAAGGAUUGUGAGACUCCUUUACACUUUGCUGGUAUGGGUUGCUUAAAUGAACAUAGUUUUACUAUCCUAAUAAUAAAUGGAGCAGACGUUAAUUUGGCAGAUAAAAAUGGAAGGACUCCAUUACAUGCUGCAGCUCUAGGCGAUUUCAAUGCAAGGGUAAUAGAUGUCUUAAUAGAAAAUGGAGUAGUUCCUUCAUUAAAGGAUAAAGAUCGUAAAACUUCAAUGAAUCUUGAUAAAUACAGAUAUAUAAAGCAAAUUUUAGAAAAGAAGGCGAUUAAAACGGUAUUAUUGCCGGUUGUGCAACUGCAUUAUUAA